GGGGCCGCGCGCAGCCGCAGUCGCUGCCGCCGCCGCCGCCGCCGCCGUCCCGGGGCCACCGGAGCGGCCGCACCGGGCGAUGCGAUGACAACGYCCACCCUGCAGAAAGCCAUCGACCUGGUCACCAAAGCCACCGAGGAGGACAAGGCCAAGAACUACGAGGAGGCACUGCGGCUGUACCAGCACGCCGUGGAGUACUUCCUGCACGCCAUCAAAUAUGAGGCUCACARCGACAAGGCCAAGGUGAGCAUCCGAGCCAAGUGCAUGCAGUACCUGGACCGGGCCGAGAAGCUGAAGGAAUACCUGCGAAGCAAAGACAAGCAYGGCAAGAAGCCCGUCAAAGAGGCACAGAAUGACAACAAGGGGAGUGACAGUGACAGCGAGGGCGAGAAUCCCGAGAAGAAGAAGUUGCAGGAGCAGCUGAUGGGUGCCAUCAUGAUGGAGAAGCCCAACGUACGGUGGAGUGACGUGGCUGGGCUGGAGGGAGCCAAGGAAGCCCUGAAGGAGGCCGUGAUCCUGCCCAUCAAGUUCCCACACCUGUUCACAGGGAAGCGCACGCCCUGGCGUGGGAUCCUCCUCUUUGGGCCGCCCGGCACUGGCAAGUCCUACCUGGCCAAGGCCGUGGCCACCGAGGCCAACAACUCCACCUUCUUCUCCGUGUCAUCCUCCGACCUGAUGUCCAAGUGGCUGGGGGAGAGUGAGAAGCUGGUGAAGAACCUGUUUGAGCUGGCAAGGCAGCACAAGCCCUCCAUCAUCUUCAUUGACGAGGUGGACUCGCUGUGYGGCUCCCGCAACGAGAACGAGAGCGAGGCGGCCCGGCGCAUCAAAACCGAGUUCCUGGUGCAGAUGCAAGGCGUAGGAAACAGCAGCGAUGGCAUCCUGGUGCUGGGUGCCACGAACAUCCCCUGGGUGCUGGACUCRGCCAUCAGGAGAAGGUUUGAGAAGCGGAUCUACAUCCCGUUGCCCGAGGAGGCAGCACGGGCCCAGAUGUUCCGGCUGCACCUGGGGAACACCCCGCACUCCCUGACGGACGCCAACAUCCAGGAGCUCGCCCGCAAGACCGACGGCUACUCGGGGGCAGACAUCAGCAUCAUCGUGCGCGACGCCCUGAUGCAGCCCGUGCGCAAGGUGCAGUCGGCCACGCACUUCAAGAAGGUCCGUGGACCCUCCCGCACCACCCCCGGUGCCCUCGUAGAUGAUCUCCUGACGCCGUGCUCRCCCGGUGACCCUGGGGCCACCGAGAUGACCUGGAUGGAGGUGCCCAGUGACAAGCUGAUGGAGCCCAUUGUCUGCAUGUCGGACAUGCUGCGCUCGCUGGCCACCACCCGCCCCACUGUCAACGCCGAGGAUCUCCUCAAAGUGAAGAAAUUCACCGAGGACUUUGGCCAGGAAGGUUGAGGGGGGCAUGGGGGGUGUGGGGUUGGGGCAGCUGCAGGCCCCGCUGUGCCCCCAUCCCCGGCCGUGCCAAACCGACUCACGUUGGCUCACUCCUGCCCCAUUGCACUGCAGCGCCCGGCAGGCGCAGGGACACGGCCCAGGGGGGAGGGUCUCACACUACGGGGGGUGGGUCUGAGCAUGGCCUGGGUGGCCGGGUUCCCCCCCGGCUGCACCCCACUCUUCUUCUUCCUGCUCUUUUUUUAUUUUUUAAAUUAAUGCUGCUUUGGGUUCUGUCUCGUUUCUAUGGAAAUAAAAACAAUCUGAGAGCUUCA